CGUUACACUCACCUUAUUUCAUACAUUAAAAAAAAACCAAAAAACAAAUCCCCCCAAAAUGUCUAAGAACCGGUUGGCAGUGGUCCGACUACUGAUCGUGGCGAUUACAAGCGUCUCCGUUACUUCUACAGCCUACGUUGCCGCUGCUCGCAGCUAUGAUCCGAUGUGCACUGGUCCACCGGACGGAAGGAGCCUCACUGGCGGCCUCUAUUACUACGGUUGCAACACCCAAGUCUUGCCUCGGAAUUCAUCGGAGGCGCAGAACCACGUGCUGAGCUCCAUACAGAACAAGUUGUACAACAUGUUCUCGACCAAUCACUCCGGUUUGUGCGACCGGCAGGGCACUAGUUUCGAGGAUCGUGGUCGUACUAGCAGCAGCAUUACGCUGUAUAGCUACGCGUCGUGCAGGAGGGGCGAUGACCGCGAGGGAUGCUACGAGUGCUUGAAGGGCGCGGGCCAGAUCGUACGAGACAACUGUUACGGCACCUCGGGAGUUCAGGCCUUGUCGGAGAACUGUUGCGUCCGCUAUGAGCUAUACAGCUUCUGUUGAAUUAUGGGAAGAAAACAUGUCUCAGAAUAUGCCGCUGGGCUAGAUUGAGGAUGUUCUUCUUUCUUCUGUCGGCCGGCCGAUUUCAUUAUUGCAGGUUUUGGCAUUGUUCUAAUACGUAUUGUACGUCUUUCUAUGGAACUGGGUUAGCAGAUUAAUGAAUUACUAAUGUUCCCUUAAUAGUAUUUUCAGAUUGAUUAGUUGUGUUAGUUACAAUCUAGCAUGAAUGCUAUCAUGUGAUCUAUUUUGAUUUAGCGCGUUGCUCUAGAAAACUUUGGCAAAAUCCGUCGGCGGAAAAGCAUGCUGAACCCACUUUUCUAGAAUUCACAAAAAAAAAAAACAUUACCAUAAAAAAAAACUGUGUCUAAUUGUAAAUUUCGCGAAAAAAUUAUAUACGCGAUUAGUUAUAAUUAAGCGUCGGCAAAGGUCGAUAUAAUCUAGCGGUGAAAUUCUUAUUGGGCGUUUAUUUCGAAAAGUUGCAGAUUUGUUUCCCGAGAAAACAAAAUACUACCGCCGGUGCCGAAUUUGUUUUGGGCGAUGUUGAUUUUAUGUUUCGCGGUGGAAACCCUUGCGGUGCCGUUUGAUCUGAUGCACAGUUGAUUGCUGAAAUUGAGACGACCGUCAAAUAUCCACCGGGGGUGUUGAUUUGAUCAGUGCAACUGACUUCUGAAAAUGAUGACGAUCGUCAAAUAUCCACCGCCGGGCGAUGUUGAUCUAAUCGAUGCAGCUCUGACUUCUAACCAACGCGACCGUUACUACGGUUCGCACCUCUCCAAACUACGUUCGAACGAGGGUGUUUGAGUUUUGGGGAAUCUACGUUACGACUACUCCUAUGGAGAUUCCUGUGGAGAGCUCCGCGACUACGACUACUUCUACCAACCAUGGAGAUCCUUACUAGAAGGAGAGCUCCGCGAAGGAGUUACAGAGAAAAGGUAAAGUUUUGACAGAGUUGUUUUGUGUUGAUUUUUUGUUGUCCUUUCUCUCUCCUUGCUCUGGUGCUUUUAUUCGAAAAGCAUCUUCGUAGUCUUCACGCUCCGUGAAACCGCUUCCCCAACUGCUUCGUGGUGAACUCCCACGUGUCUCAACCGCCUUGAUCUCCUCCUCGCUCUAGUUGGCGUGAAUCUUACGUGAAAGAACAACUCGUCGCUGCACCGUUGUAAACUGCCGACACUGCAUCUCCAACCUCCACUUUUAUCCACAUGAGACACACGUGUGAAGUACCUAAGCCCAGGGCCGGUAUCGCGAUUCGAACCGCGACGUUGUUAUUUCAUGGCCGCAAUACCGUCAUGGAUUUGAGCCACGAAAUUAUUAACAAAAUCGCAUUAUUAAUUGAAAUCGUGCCCUUGCAAGACCUGCAACGGUGUUGGUAAUUAAACUCCACGCCAUUGUCGGACUCAGGACAUUGCAUAACUAACCUCAAGACAUCGCUGAGAUCGGUGUUGUUACCCAUCGCGAUGUCGUUGAGCUCGCAUCACUGUCAAAUUCACAAACUGAAUUUACGACAUCGUUUAACUCUGCGGCAUUUUUGAUCGCUGAAAUUGUUUACCAUGCAACAUCGUUGGGUCUCACGCGAUGUCGUUUUCUUUCCGAAACAACUCUAUCUGCUUUUUUACUCCACGACAUUGUUUUAUAUUAAACAAUGUCGUUUUCUAAUCCACGGUGUUGUUUUCUCUCGCUGCGUUGUUUUCAGCCAAACAACACCGUCUAAAAUAAUUAUUAAAAAGAUUAAUUAAUU